UUGCAUGCGGCCACCAGACUCGGAAUGGAAAAGUUUUUUGGAAUUAUUUUGCUUGGCUUUGGUAUUGGUGUUCGUUCCUGCGAAGUGGAACUGGAUACUUCACAACCUGUGGUUUAUUUAGAGAGCACAGACAGCACGGUCAUCAUGUGCAAGGCAUUAUGUAAUAAGACUAACAACGAUGACGUCCAUCUCCGUUGGUAUGGCAACAAUGAUCAGCUAAUCAUCGGCGGUUUUCCUUCAAGGAGGAUCUUCUCUUACAACAAAGGUCAAAGAAACCAACUGUUUCUACGAGAUGUGACGCCUGGCGACAAUGGAACAUACACGUGCGUCAUGAAAACAAAACGUCACACAAGUAAACAGUCCGUUUCUGUCGUAAUUACAGAGAAAGGUGCGUCCAGUCCGCCGGUAGAUAGUAAGGUGUACAGUAACCUGAUUUUGAAGAUCUUGUCCGUGGCGAAUCAGCGAUCCGAACAGACUUUAAACGAAAGAGUAGCUCGAGAUGUGAGAGAAGAAGAAGGAAGUGCAGAUGACACAACUGAGUCACCCAGAACCACGUUACUUACGUCUUCAGAAUCAUAUGAAGUCCAUUCUACUGGCAAGACUAGCAAACCCUUAGCAAGAAAUGGCACUAAUUAUUUUACCGCACCUGAGCCAGAGCCACCCACACAAGUAUCCCCAAUAACAAUUAGUACACCAGGCGACAAGGUAACUAGAAGAGGAACUAGUAAUAUAGGAUCUUCAACAUCAGGUACCGGAGGAAAUAUGACUCCUGGCGGUAAAGGAUCUUCAACAUCAGGUACCGGAGGACAUAUGACUUCUGGCGGUAAAGGAUCUUCAACAUCAGGUACCGGAGGACAUAUGACUCCUGGCGGUAAAGGAUCUUCAACAUCAGGUACCGGAGGACAUAUGACUUCUGGCGGUAAAGGAUCUUCAACAUCAGGUACCGGAGGACAUAUGACUCCUGGCGGUAAAGGAUCUUCAACAUCAGGUAACGGAGGACAUAUGUCACAUGGCGGUAAAGGAUCUUCAGCAUCAGGUAACGGAGGAGAUAUGACAGACAAAAAAUCAAAGACACCCACAUCUCCCGUAAAUUCAGCUGAAACCGCAUUCGGAAAACACGGAGUUUUAGCUUUUUCUUUGACCCUCGGCGUGGCGUUCCUCCUGCUGUACGCCCUCAUCCUCGUCUUGAUCCUGCCUCGCUGUCGCCAGACGAGAAAGAAGAAACACGAUCUGAACAAAGACAAGAGCGACGGCGCAAAGACCAGCAACAUGGAGCUGUUGACGCUGAAGUCGCUAGAGUCGAGCCCCGACUCACAGGGCUUCACCACUGUGGACCUCGAUUCACCAGCCGACGGAGGAGCUGCUCAGGAAAUCACUGUAGCUGCAGCAAUAGCAGCAACUGACGGCGUUCAGUCUGAAGCGAAGAAAGAUGAUCAAGAAAAAUCUGUUUCAACGUUCCUCGUUGGAAAAACUGCAGAGACCAAAGCUACAACCGAUCAAGAAAAGGAAAAGGCCAAAGACGGAGAUGAGUCGAAAAAAGCAGACGCAGUCGGUGGCUCGGAGUCUGUAAAGGAAGUGACGUCAUCCAACCAGUCGGCGCCAGACGAUACCAAACAGACGAGUCCAGCAUCGGACGCGGCAAACGAGAAAGAGACGGCUGCCCCAGAUGCAGUAAAACAGACAAGUUCACCAGCAGACGAGACGAAGAAGGUAGAGCAACCAGCAGAUGCUACGAAACUAACAACUGGCUCAACUGAAGCGGCGUCAUCAGACGAGAAGAAAGCAAGCACAACAGCAGAUGAUUCGAAGGCGGCCACCGGUGGAUCUCCAGAAGCUGCUACAACAUCAACAACCACGUCAUCCUCGGCACCGGAGACCAAGAGUAACGGCGUCAGCAACUUCGCCGACGAACUGAUGGCGAACGUUAGUAAAUUCAUAGGCAGCAUGAAGUCCGACCUGCUAUCCGAUGCCGACAAGAAAACGGGCGACGUUAAAACCAACGACGCAGAGAAGGCCGCCAUUUGUAAAACUGACAGUGAGAACGCGACUUCUCUGGAAACACAGAGCCAGAGUACCGCAGCUACCAACGCCACUGAAGCUACUUCGCUAUAAGUCGGAAUAAGACUUAUUUAUUAAAUAUAUACCAAGAGCAAAAGAAACGUGAGAUGCAUAAGAAAUUAAUAUAAUAAUAAUAAAAUGUGUUGUUUUAGGA